AUGGGCUUGCUGAGCAGCAGGGCGUGGCGGGGCCGGCCGGCGGCCGCUGCCGCUGCCCCGCACGGCGAAGGUCCGGCUGUGGCGGCGGCGGCGGCGGGCCUGAGGGGCGUCGGAGGCCGAGGCGGGGCUGCCGUCGCCGCCAAGAGGAAGCGGGGCGACCUGGGCGCGUACCCGAGCGACACGGACAGCGACGACGAGAGCGAGCGGGAGGAGCGGCUGCUCAACACCCCGAGGAGGUACUUCGCCUCAGGGCAGCGGCGCGUUCGCCUGCGGGACUCGCUGCCUCAGGAUGCCGCCCUGGAGGACCCGGUUGAGGCCUCCAGCGUCCGAGGCAGCAAGCCUCCGAGGGCCAGGUGCUGCGGAGCAAGCGGGGGCCGCUGCGGGGAACUGCGCAGGGCUGCAGGGGGGGGGGUCAUCGGCCUUCUGCAGACCCCUCCGGGGAACCGAGGCAGCCGCUUCAUCCCGAGUCAGGCCGUUGCGAUUCCUGCGUUGCAGGAGGUUGGACUAGAUGAUCAUCGGGACCUUGCCAACUCCUACCAUUCUGUGAUCAGCCCAUCUUGCUCAGUGCUUUCUACAGGGCCAGUGGUUCCCAAACAUUAAACUACAGAGCCUAGGACUUGCUGAUCAGAAGGUCAGCGGUUCGAAUCCCCGCGAUGGGGUGAGCUCCCAUUGCUCAGUCCCUGCUCCUGCCAACUAAGCAGUUCGAAAGCAUGUCAAAGUGCAAGUAGAUAAAUAGGUACUGCUCUGGUGGGAAGGUGCGCUGCUCUGAUUCGCCAGAAGCGGCUUAGUCAUGCUGGCCACAGGACCCAGAAGCUGUACGCCGGCUCCCUCGGCCAAUAAAGCGAGAUGAGCGCCACAACCCCAGAGUCGGCCACGACUGAUCAGGGGUCCCUUUACCUUACCACCAUAAACUCGUCCCCGUCCAACAGAACAUGCACAUGCCUGGCAACAUCUUAAAAGUAGGUAAAUGACAUACAUUCCUGGCGCCUUAGGUGAGCCUGUGUUUUAAAGCUAAACUAGAUAUGAUCCUCAGCAGCAGGAUGAAGCUGACAAUGCAAAAAAAUUAUGUCCCUUAUGAGAGCUUCCAGGCAGGUAAAAGAUCAGUAAAUGGCAUUGGCUGAGCCAGGAUAUGCUCUGUAGUAUCCACUUUUUAAAGGCUUUAUUAGAAGCCUCAUGUUUGCUUUUAGAAUUACUCCUGAUUGCUUCAGCUCAUAAAGAAGCAUGAUGUUGGGAUAACUGGGGGCUUCCUUAAACAAAAUGUAACUUGAAACCAACCUUGUAACCAUUGACUUUGGUAAAAACCAUGGAAAAUGGAUCAAAUUGGUUCAAUGGGAUGCUUGCAAGGAAGGUUCAUCUGUCCAACAAGCUUUCAAAAUGUUAUGUUUAGUGUUACGUGCUGGAAUUCAACACUUGUUUUUUUCCCCCCCUUAAUCCAGGAAAAAAUUAAAAAGCACUUCCAAGUAUAUAUAUCAGACUUUAUUUCUAAAUGGUGAAAACAGUGAUAUUAAGAUUUGUGCUCUGGGAGAAGAAUGGAACUUGCACAAGAUAUACUUAUGUCAGGUAAGAAUAAAAUAUUUUUUUCCAGGCAGAUCUUGGGCUCUAAUUCUAAAUACCUUUAUUAGGGAGCAAGUCCUACUAAACUCCAUGGAACUUGUUUCUGAGUAAGCAUGCAGGGGAUAGUGCCGUUAGACGCACUCUCUUUAUCCCUUGCCUGCCGCUAUGUCCAGAAUUCUCAAGAGCAGCAGUGAGGUGUACAUUAAUGGCUAACAAAGCAUACUUUAGCUUAGCUUGAAUAAAUUAAACAUAACAUAUUGUUUCCCUUGGAAAAAAUAAGGUUGUCAAAGGGAAUAUACUACUGUACAAAUAGACUUUAUUCUUUUGAUCUCUCAGGUAAACUUCUGUGAGUGAUAGCAUCUCAUAAUGGGGUCACCUCCUGCUGUGAUGGAAAGUUCUAGUAGAGCAGUAAUUUUCACUUCCUUGGAUGGAAAACUAGCUAUUUCUAGUUUUAUAUGAAUUACAUUUUAAUGCAAAGGUAUACUUACAUGGUGUGUGUAUGUGUGUGUUAAUUUACCUACACCUAACUUUGUAUGGAUACAGCAAUGUAUGUAUGUCUGUAGCAUGAGACCACCCUUGUACAUCUAUUUGUAUGUCUUGCAUGUGGUUCCUUUUCCAGUACCCUUCUAAAUUGCUACCCAUGGGAGUUUUUGUUCAAAUUUCAGGCAGUAUUCAAUAUUAUUUUAAUUACUUCUUCCCCCUCUUGUUUUACAGUUGGUAGUUUAGGUUUGUUUGGAUAAAACUAUUCAUAAUCUUAGUUGUGUUUUGUCCAAACUUGGUUAAAACCAGUGUUCCGUUACUCCUGAAACAGGAAGUUGUGACUUAAUGGUGAUGUACUAACCAGGAAUGAAAGCCUUGUUUGAUCCUGGUUUCUGUUCCUGAAUCUAUUUCAGAGAUAAUGGGAAACCAUAGCUUGGUUUAACUAGGAUCAAACACUAGAGUAGGUACAUGGGGUGGUGGGUACUACAUAGUCUGAACACUCAUUUCUGGUGUCAUAAACCAUGGCGUAUAAAGUUGAGUGUGUUCAGACUGAUACCUUAGAGAUCAAACAUGCUUGAAAUAAAGGCUAAUAAAGAAUUUGCUUGAAAUUUAUUAGGAAUGGAAGAGAUCUGCCAUAAUGCCUCCUGAUAUGGACUUACUUACUUUGUACCAUAUUAAUUUGCAUAUAUUCUUACAUUUUAAGCAUUUGAAUUAAAUUCAGGGUCUUUUUUUUGUGUGUGUGUGUGUGUAGUCUGGCUACUUUUCGAGUAUGUUCAGCGGUUCUUGGAGGGAAUCGGAAAUGGAUACAAUAGAAUUGGAAAUUCCUGAUCAGAAUAUUGAUGUAGAAGGUAAGCAAAGGAUGAUGUUCCUUUUUUACAGAAGACGUGGGUACUUGUCAAGUCAGCUAAGAUUUUUUUUUAAUUAUGAAAAGUUGUUUAUUAAAACAUUAUUUGAAUCACAUUUACAGUUGGAAAUUUGGGGAAUGUGUUGGGAGAAGAUUCUAGAGAACUCAUUAGAAAAUGGGUUCCUCCAUUUGGGAGGAAAGUGUUAAAGAAAGUAGCCAGGUACCUUGGGACUUCUUUAAAACUUAAAAACACAAGAUGAACUGUCCCACUCCCACCAGAAUUUUUAUUACAAAGGAGCAGAGCAUUUGAAAAUCUGUUUUUUAUUUGUUGAUGUAGCAAACAGUUGUUUGCUACAGUCUGCCUACUCUGUUCCAGUGACUUCAGAGUUCCCCCUUAGUUUUAGGUUAGGUUGGCUAUUAUGGAUCAUUGGCGUAACGUAGGAUUUUAUAUUUGUCAUGUUCCCGACCUGUCAUAAUAGCUGUUUCUGUUGAGCGGUUUGGCUUCUCAGCAGCUUCUCCCUGCUGCUUAAUACUUCUUAAUGCAUUUGACUGCUUUUCCUGCACAGGAUAUACUCCUCCAAGUUUCUUAGUUGUUAGUUCUGCAAUUUGUUUUGCUUUCUUAAGUGUUGUUGAUGUGUUGAAAGUUCUUAGAGGGUUUCCGGACAUUAAAUUUUUAAACAUCACUUUGAACACUUGCGUUGGAUGGAAAGGAAUUAAUUAACUAAAAACACUAAUAAUUUAACUGUGUGUAAUAUACCCAUCCUCUACAUUUGCUUUGAUGGGAUGCUUGUUUCCCAGCCUUACAGGUAGCAUUUGGGUCACUUUAUCGAGAUGAAGUGUUAAUAAAUCCCAGCAGAGUCAUUGCACUCCUAGCGGCAGCCAGCAUGCUGCAAUUGGUAAGUAGAAAUGGCUGCCUUUAUUUGGCACCCUCCCCCUUCAGUUUAUAAGCUAUGGGGCAUUUGUAAAAUGUUUAACUUGGUAAAAGACCCAGUCAUCAUCCGAUGCCCUUUUCUGUGAACCCCCUCCAUAGGUGGUCUAGAGGGUGGCAACAUGGGAAGGGGCCUUUUCAGUGGUGGUUCCAUGCUUGUGGAAUUCUCUCCCUAGCAAGGCAUGCUGGCUCCUUCUUUAUAUGUUUUAGACACCUGGGUAAAACUUUUUUGUUUUACCUGGGCUGGUGGCCUUUCAUUUUGAGGGUUUUCCGAGAUUUGUGGGGCAGGAUUUGUGAGACCUGUCUUGUAAUUUGUGUUUUUAGGCUUUUGUUGAUUGUGUGUGUUAUAACAGAUUUGUGUUCAUACUAUUUUUGUAAGUUGCUUUAUUCGUCAUUUUCCUGACAAAAGGGGUCCAAAUAUAAAUGAUGAUAAUAUGUAAAAAGACUCAUUUCAUAAUGCAAAGCUGAACAUUUUAUGAAUGCCCUGUAACUUUUUCUUUUAACAAUCUCUAUCUUCUGCUGCUUCUCUGUAUUAUAUAUGCAAUAUACGUGCUCAAAGGUUGUAUGUUCAAUCCCUCUAAGGCAGCAGUGGGGAACCUCUGGCCCUUCAGUUGGUGUUGGACUCCCAGCUUUCCUUCAGCCCCAGCCAGCAUGGUCAAGGUCUAGGGAUUUGAGAAUAAUGGACCAACAGCACCUGGAGGGCUGCAGGUUCCCUGCUCCUGUUCCAAGGGCUCUCAUGUAGGAAAGCUAGAAAAGUGUCUUUUUGGACUGCUGCUAGCAGUUCAUGCACACAAUAACUAGUUUGACUUGGCAUAAAUAGUUUCUUAUGUUCCAAAAUGGGGGCAACUGAACGAUGAUUAAACUGGAGGUAUAUAUAGGUUUCUUCCAGGCUUUUAGGCAUUAUCAAUACUUUAUCUACUGAGUUCACCUUCUUCCUAGGCUAUUCUGGGAAGUAGAUUACACAUACUAUUUAGGCAUUGGAGAUUUUUUUCUGUUAUUGUGUAUUUUCAGGAUGGCUUAAUACAGCAAUGUGGUGAGACAAUGAAGGAAACAAUUAAUGCAAAAACUGUGUGCAGCUAUUAUAAUUCUGCAGGAACAUAUGGAUUAGAUUCCCUGAAAAAAAAGCAAGUAUCUUCUUUGCAUUGAAAUGAGCUUUAUCUAAUGAGAAGGCAUUUCUAAAAAUAGUGUGAUUCCCCUUGGAAUCGCUUUGGGAAGCAGCUAAUGUGGCUCCUUCAUGGGCAUUCUUUCAUCUUCCUGUUUUGUACAUUACUCUGAAAAGUAUGUUCUUUGGGAUAUGUAUGUUCUUAUAGAAAAUAAGUUUUAGGUAAGUUAAAGUAGGCUUGACAUUCUGAAAACAUUUCUGCCCAAUACAGUGCAGUUGGGACUUCUGAGUAUUGUGGGCUGUGGUAUCCGAGAAUCAGAAAAUUGGAAGGAUGACGCAAGCUCAGAGUGAUACUUUAUAUCAGGCUUCCUCAAACUCAGCCCUCCAGAUGUUUUGAGACUACAAUUCCCAUCAUCCCUGAUCACUGGUACUGCUAGCUAGGGAUGAUGGGAGUUGUAGGCCAAAAACAUCUGGAGGGCUGAGUUUGAGGAAGCCUGCUUUAUAUUGUUGGAUGCAAUGGGAAUGUAAGAUCCAUGGUGGGAGUGAAGGGGAUUAUAGCAGGGUGGGCGGGCAUUGCAUGUGGGGACUUCAUGGUAUACAGUGAUAUUUGGUAAUACGGAGCAAGUAUCUACUCUGCAAGUUGUUUAAAAUGUUCUUCCCAGAUGUUUAAUUGUUUGGGGAAAUCAUCUUUCUGUGCACUCUGAUAAGACUGAUAUAUGUUAAAUCUAGGUGCCUUGAAUGGCUCUUAAACAACCUGAUGACACACCAGUGUGUGGAACUCGUCAAAGAACUCAGGUAUUGAGAUUUCAGCUAUCUUGGAUUAACUGAGAUACUGAGAGAUGUUUAGCCUAAAAUUAUACAAAUUUAAAUGAAUCUGUUCAUUACCUUGACAUUUCAUGUGCCAUGUCUUCUGUUCCAGUAUAAACCUCAUGAAGCAGCUGAUCAGUUCCUCUAACCUGUUUGUCAUGCAAGUGGAGAUGGAUGUGUACACUGCUCUGAAAAAGGUAGUAACCAAGGCCCCGAUAGUCCUGUUUGUGUGAAACAGGUGCCCUAUUGUUGGAUUUGCACCAAACCAGGCUUAAUCCACAGUUGCUCUGGUCCGGGUGCUGCUGUGUCAUAAAACAUUAUUAUUUCUAGUACAAGCAGCCCUUGUUUACAAGGCAAUUAAUGUCGAAGGCACCAUGUGCAUCAGUGAAAUCGUGUAUACAGUGGUACCUUGGUUCUCAAACUUGAUCCGUUCUGGAAGUCUAUUCCAAAGCCAAAGUGUUCCAAAACCAAGGCGCGCUUUCCCCUAGAAAGUACUGUAAUGCAAAACGGAUCCGUUCCAGACUUUUAAAAACAACCCCUAAAACAGCAAUUUAACAUGAAUUUUACUCUCUAACAAGACCAUUGAUCCAUAAAAUGAAAGCAAUAAUCAACGUACUGUACUAUAAAAUAAAAUUUUAAAUUAUUAUUUUUCUUACCUGCACUGAUGAUAGUCAUUGUUUGGAUGGGGGACUUUUAUCCAUUUCCGCAGUCACACUAUAAAUCAAUCAGUAGCUGAACUGGGUUCCACACAGUCACCAAAACAAAUUAACCAAAAAGGCCUCAAAAACACAAAAUACCGUAUUUUUUGCUUUAUAAGACUCACUUUUCCCCUCCUAAAAAGUAAGGGGGAAUUUGUGUGCGUCUUAUGGAGCGAAUUCAGGUUGCGCAGCUAUCCCAGAAGCCAGAACACCAAGAGGGAUUGCUGCUUUCACUGCGAAGCGAUCCCUCUUGCUGUUCUGGCUUCUGAGAUUCAGAAUAUUUUUUUUCUUGUUUUCCUUCUCCAAAAACUAGGUGCGUCUUGUAGAGCGAAAAAUAUGGUAAAUAUCAAAAACAAAAGGGCCAAGCAUCAAACUUAAUUUAUUCCGGACGUCCAUUUGACUUCCGAAAUGUUCGAAAACCAAGGCACAGCUGAUUGGUGCAGGCACCCUGAAAACAAUAGCCCACAGCCACAUUGGACAUUCGGCUUCUGAAAAACAUUCGAAAACUAGAACACUUACUUCUAGGUUUUCAGCGUUUGGGAACCAAGGCGUUUGAGAACCAAGGUGACACUGUAAUUGGAACCCAUUGAAAAAGCCUGCAAACGCCCCAUUCUGCCUCUGCCCUGCCCCCCUUUCCACUCUUUUAAUAGCGUUUCAGAGAUGUUAUGAUGUUUCUGGGUUACUUCAAGGUUCGGCACAAUGCGCGUAAACAUUGUCACACUCAUAUUGAAUGCGUGUAAAUGGGGCUGCUUAUAAAAGGGUGAGUGUGUGUUUUCACACUGAUUGAAAAAUGUUCCAAUGGAAAAUUUUAAACCUACACCAUUUUAUUUUUAUCCAGUGGAUGUUCCUUCAACUGGUGCCUUCUUGGAAUGGAUCUCUAAAGCAUCUUUUAAAUGAAGCAGAUGUUUGGUUUUCCAAGCGUAAAAAAGGUAAUGACUGUGCAUGUUGGAAAUCUAAAAUCUUCUCUUUGUGCAAGAUGUACCUUGAAGAUGUUAAUACGCAAUUGGCCUAUUUAAUGUGGGCUGGAAAGGAUUUAUCCUUUAUUUAGCUUCAUAAUCCAUAGUUCUAUGUGUGAUCCUGAGCACUUAAAAAAAAGCAGGAUCUAGUUGUAUUAAAACAGGUGAAAUUAAAUUGAGUAAAUGAAAAUAAAAUUGUUCCAAUUUAAAGGAAAAUCUGAUAUUUUUCAGCUUUGCCUGCAGAAUGCAUUUCCUACUUUCUGUUACUGUACAAUUGACCAUAAAUCGUUUGGGUGGAAUCCUAUGAAGUCAUUGUUAGCAGAAUGACUUCUGUGAGUGCAACAGCACUUCUCUUGAUGUGUGCUGCCACAGCCCCCGAAAUUGGCUACAGAGGGUUGAGUGAUCCCCCAGAGCAGAUUUGGGAGGAGGGGCAGGGCCAGUUCAACUGUGCAAGCUUAACAAAAAAGUUUUUGAACUCAUAACGGCUUGCUUAUUAUCACAUUGCAGAUUUUGGGGAUGGCAUCUCAUUCUUGGAAUCAGAACCAGGAAGUGCAUUUUUGGCAGUUUUCAGACACUUACGGCUGCAGUACAUAGUCAGCGAUCUGGCAUCAGCAAAAAUUGUUGAGCGAGAUGGUCUGAUACCUGCAGGUAAGAUUGGAGCAGCUCUCUCUUUCCCCCUUGGCCGCAGACAAGGUGGGUUCAGGACUGAAUAUCUGGGCAUGCUGAGGGGGUUCAGAUCCAAUUUACUAAUGUGAAAGUGGUGUGGAUCAAGUGGGGUUUGGGUGCAAAGGAUUCCCACAGCUUAAUGCAGGAUUGCAGGAUCUCUAAUGGAAGGAUUAGGAAUACCAUUCCCCGUCCCCUCAAAAUGUAGGGACUGGUGAAAACGCUUCCGUAGCUAUAGAACGUCCUGGGCUCACAUUCCAUAUGUGGUGAAUGUCAUAAGUGAAAGGCUUAUUUGGUUGCAGUAUGUUCUAGGCUUGUGUUUUCUGCAUGUCUUGGGAAUGCCGCCAUGCGAUUGUCGCCGUAGAGUUUAUUCUAGUUUAGUAAACAAGAAAGAUUUGGCACUCUCUGGAAGUUGUUGGGAGGAACUGGGGUUUUGUGUCAACAUGACAAGGUGGAAGAUUUUACAGAAAAAUGCAAAACUAAACUGAGUGAGAUUUAAUGGUAGAAAGGUAAGCUGAAGGGGCAUGAGAAUGAGGUGAACUGGCAAAUGUUGAGAUGAGAGGAAAUUAGUGAUUUGGAACUGAGGCCUGUUUAAGUUGGACUGAAGUGGCAAAAAGGAUGGAUGAAUUAAAUACUCGGAGCACCAAAUUUUAUAGAAACCAUUCCAGGUAAGGUCUUAGCUGAAACUGGAUUACCUAGGUGCAAAUUAAUGACUGACCAUUUUUCAUUUUAACCAUAGUAGUGUGUGUGUGUGUGUGUGUGUGUGUGUGUGUGUGUGUGUGUGUGUGUGAUUGUGUGCAUGUUCUUUCAAACAGUGGACCGCCCGCCCCCCUUCUUUUUCUUUACUUCUAUCACACUAGCUGAAUCGUUUAGUGCAGAGUGGUGGGAUCCUAUAGUUUAGAAACAUGCAUAGAUUUGUGUAAGUUAUAAGACUUUUUAAAGUGCUGCUUAACUUAUAUUCCCCAUCUGUAAAAGACCCACUUUGAUUUUUUUAAAUUUUAGAAUGGCUGUCCUCUGUUUACAAACAGCAGUGGUUUGCCAUGCUCAGAGCAGAACAAGACAAUGACAUUGGGUAUGUAUAGCACACCCCUUUUCCUAUAAGUUUGUUAGUGCACCCCCUUCUCCGGUACAGGCAUCUCAGAAUGUGGCUCUCAAAAUGAAAGAGAAAAACAAAGUGUGGCUAAUGUAACAUUUUAAAUUUAAGAGUUCCAGUCUUUUGGGGGUGGCUAUCUGCAGCAGCCCAGAAAUUUUGGCUUUAUGUGUUCAACAGAUGCUUGGUGUUGCCAUCAUUCCCAGAGUCAUCUGAUCAUGCCUAUGGCAGUGUUGGAAAAGAGGGAAGUGGCUGCUUUUUUCAUUCUCCAAAGCCUGGUGCAAAGGAUGAAAGGACCCUCCCCUCUCCCUGAGGCUUCUGUAUGUCCUAGAGAUUUAGGGAACAAGCUUAGUCUUGGUUUCCAGUAGCCCAGGGCCUUUUCAGCAUUGCUUGCACUGUGUGUUCCUUCUGUAAAGCCAAAACAGCGAAAAUUCAAUGCUUCUGCAAUUUGCAGAGUACUUGAGAGAAAUUCUGUUGCUAUUUGCACCUUAAUGAGUGGAUUUCUGGAGGCCUGGUUCUGUGACUUUUAUUUUUAGUGCAGUUGAAGUUUAUUUAAUAAAAUUAAUACAUUAAGGUGGCUUUUACAUUAUGAUAUGAAUGAAAGCCUUUUCACACACUUUGCUGAAGAUGUUACAUAACUGGUUGUGAUGUUAGGGGUUGGUUGUGCUUUUAUGUUGUAGAGAGCAGCUUUCAUAGUACAAAUGUAAACUUCAUGAGCGUCAAACGUUUGGCCACUCAAGUUGAUCCUGUAAGUAAUGCUUUCUUUGGGAAAGAACUUGCCUUUCUCUGUGUGCUUUAAUCUUGAUGCUCAUGAAUUUGAAGCUUGCCCUUCACAUAUGUAGCUUUGUUUUUGUUUUAUUUAAAAAACAUUUCCCAAACCUUCCCCAUAAAGAAUUGCACUGAUUCACACUCUUUGUAAGUGUUGCCCUUUUUAGCCACUUGCCUGUUAGCUUAAACGAGGCAGUAUACAGAUUCCAAAAUCAAAUGCCCAGCAGUACCUUUGCAGUCCAGUCCUCUGUGCAUAUUCACCCAGAAGUUAGUCUCUCUGAGUUCUAAUGGCAUUUAUUCUCUAACUGCUCUAGAUCAACCAGUGGCCUGAUUAUGUAGAAUGCAGCUUCAGUCUAUUACAAAGAUACUUAGUACUGAGGCACAGUGCAUUGAAACAAGCAAAUCAUUAAACUGAAUUAUUUCAGUUUGAGAGAAGCAGGAUAAAGUUUUCUAAAUACAUGGUCAGAAAAGAUAAUAUCCAGAAUUCCAACUUUUCAGUAGUAACUUCUGCAAUAUGUCAUUUACAGUUUUAAGUUAUUUGCUUUCUACCUACGAAAGGUUUCCUGCCUAAGCUUUUAUGCUGCCCAAGAUAUGUGUGUGUGUGUGUAUGUGUGUGUGUGUGUGUGUGUGUAUAUAUAUAUAUACACAUUUGUUUUAUAGAUUUUAGACUGUGAUCUGAGCUGCACAGAAUGCUAAGCCUUGGUUUUGGCUACGUGGAUGAGCCUCCACAAACCUGAGGUUGCUCUUGGGCUUGUGUGUUCCUCCUGUUCCUCCUCACACAGCCAAAAGGAGGACUUCUGCCAAGUGUAAUUUAACUUUUAAAAGAGCCUCAGCUUAGCAUUAUGUACAAACCAGCUUCCUUGCAUAAAGCAAAGUUUAAUCAGCCAGCUCUGUAACCUGUUGUUUGAAGUUGGUUUAUUAUGAAACUUAUCAGACAAGGAUGGAGGGAAUGCACAAGUAGGACAUGUAUAUGUGUGGUUUGUGUGAAUUGUGUGUGUGUUUGUUGCUUUUACUUCCCCCUCUGGCAUGCAGUGCCCAGAAGGGAACCCAGCCGUCAGCUAGAAUGCGUUGUAUUCCGUGCUAGUCAUAAUUGUAGUAGGCCCAUUGAAAUGAAUAGGUGUGCCUAACUUGGGUCCAUUUAAUUUCAUUGGGUCUGCUCCGAGUAGUGGUUAAUUGGAUACAACCCUACACAGUCACUUACAGACUCACUGUUAAGACCGUGUUCAUGGAAGACAAUCUUACUCAGCUAUGAGGGAUCGCCAAAGAAGAAGAAGAACGCUCUAUGCUAAAACUUCUGAAAAGCUUUUGAAGAGUACUUCUCCAAAGACUGAAUAAAUUUAGCAGGCAUGGGAUAAAAGGGAGGGGGUCAUUUUAUGGAUCAAUGCCUUGUUACAGAGCAGGAACCAGAGGUUAGGAGUAAAGGGAGGGAAGUACGCUAUGGGAUCCCUCAAAUAAGGGGGCGUAUUUUGAGCUAUUACCCCCCCCAUCUGCUUAACUCUGGAGUUCUUUGUUGUUGCAACCUCUAGUGGUAAGGAUGGAAUUGUGACUCCUCAAAGUGCAUGGUAGGCAGGGUAGCUGUAAGCGUUCUGAUAACACAAGUGUUGGUCAUCUGUCCUUCCUGCUUUAUUGGCCUUGACUGGCAGUUCUUCUGUUUGUAUCAAGCACCAUUUCACCAACAUUCCCCAUUGCCAAGUUCCUGCUUGUGGAAUUGUGGUUCUGCAGAUUUGGGGUUAGUGAUGUAGCUCCCUUGUUGUGAUGGUUCUCACUCCUGUUCUUACGGAUCUUGACACACUCAAAUUUUUAGGUUUUUUGUAGUAAUGGUUGCAUAACUCACAAUUUUAAUGGUGUGGCUCAUUGUUGAGUCCAAAUAGGUAGGAUAUAAUAUUGUAAAAUGUGUAAAUGUGAGAACUGUGUUUGUUUCUUGGGGUGCUUCUGCUCCUGGUGUGUGUGUGCUGUACUCAUCUACUCGCUCUGUUGGACUCCCCUCCACUGGAACUAGGCCAGCCUGGAGGGUCGUAAACAUUCUGCAUUCGUUAGCAGGAGUGUUUUUACUUGUGUAAUGUUAUACAAAUGAAAGGGUCGAAAGUGAGUUCUGAGCAAGAUCAGACUAGGCUGAAAACCUUCCUACCACAACAUGACUGUCACCCAACUAGUUUUCUCCCUUGUGCUGGCAGUAUCCUGCAAGAAGCUGAUCUACCUGCAUAAUCUUCGGCCUCUACCAACACAAGACGGCUCAGUAGCAAUCUUAUCCUGGUCUAUCGUAUAUAAACCCAAGGAAUGGAUCAGACUGAUAAUAAUUUAAUUAUCAUUUUAUUAUUUAUAUGCCACCCAUUGACUCUGUUGCCUCAGCCACUUUGUGUGGCUCCCAACAAAAUAUUAAAAACAUAAUAAAACAUCAACCAUUAAAAAGUAAGACAGUGCGCAGGCAAGUGGGGACUCAACCAGCAUACCAGAUGGAGCAAGACAGCCACCCUGGACGCAGAAUUAACCUGCACCUCCAUGGACAGCUGAGUUCAUAAAGACCCCAGGCUGCACACUUGGUCCCUUAGGGGAACAGUUACCCCAUUCAGGACCAGGGAGCCCCCCCUGCUUGCCCCCAGUACCCCAGAAACAGUACUUCUGCCUUGUCAGGAUUCAACCUCCAUCCAUCGUCCAACCGCCUCCAGACACACCACAUGUUCACCACAUUUAUUGGUUCCACUUUAAAGGAGAAGUAGAGCUGGGUAUCAUCCGCAUACUGGUGAACACCGAGCCCAAACCCCCUGAUAAUCUCUCCCAGCAGCUUCAUAAAAAUGUUAAAACGCAUGGGGGAGAGGGCAAAGCCUUGAGGUACCCCACAGGUGACCGCCCAGGGGUCCGAACACUCAUUCCCCAGCACUGCUUUGAAGGAUGAGCAAGGAACUUCGAUGCUAGCAGAAGGGAGAACCUCCUGAAAUGUUUUCAACACAUUUGCAGUUUGUCUUGGAUGUUUAUGUACCUGAUUUCACGGGCUACUUUUCUUGCUCUUUUAUCUGAAAAGAUGACAUUUUUUAAAAGGCUCUUUUGUAUGUCCAAAGGCCUCAAGAAAUUAAUAAGGAGGAGCUGGAAGCAAAUAGCAUGCGGUGUGGCAGGAAACUUGCAAAGGAUGGCGACGUAAGCACAAGUGUUUUUCCAUGCCCUUUCACAGCGGGUAAUUCAUUAACAAUUUUUGUGAGUGGUUUGCUGAAAAUUGGGUUAUAAUUCAAAUAGUGUUUUUAUAAACAAAUUCUUACGAGUCUUAAGUACCUUAAUUGACAUCUAGAUAUACAGGUGGUAUGCCAACAUGCCAUCGCUAUUGAUGGCGCCAUAGAGCGUUUUUAGCAAUAAACCUAUUGAUAGAAUAUUACAGUUUUUCUGUACUGAGAUCAAAAUAGAUCUGUGGCAAACUAUUCAGGUGUAAAACUAAAGCAUAUGUUUAGUAUGUAACUAUAUGUGGGGCAAUGACCUCCUUUAUUUCUUCAAGUAUUGUUGGCGAUGGACAGGUUUCAACUUUGGCUUUGAUCUGCUGGUGACUUACACCAACCGCUACAUCAUCUUCAAGCGUAACACUUUGAAUCAGCCGUGCAGUGGCUCAGUCAGCUUGCAGCCCCGGAGGAACAUUGCUUUCAGGUGAGGGCACUGUGGUUCUGCCUGCUUAUCUCCACCCUGGACUCUGUUUCAGGGUCACCCUAUACUGUGUUGCUGCAGUGAGGGGGUACUUUUUCCCUGAUGCCGCUGAGAAAUAUUCUGACUGUAGAGGACAGUGUUGCACGUCCUAGCUGUUGGCAGGAGUUUAAAGAAUCAACUUUUGAGAAAUUGCCCUUUAGUGUGAUCUAUUAGAGUCCCCUUGCUGCUGCUCCUUGACUAGGGUUAGCCUCUCUCCAUCCCAAAAUAUGGGUGCUAGGCAAGGGAGGGGGGAAUAUAUCCAUUUAGCGUCCUUUGGUAGCAUGUAUCCAAGCUGUCCCCACCCCACAGUUUUUUCAGAGAAAAGGCAGGAAAGAUCAAGCGUGGAAAGAAAGAUGAAGAGCAUGACUUGGGAGCAAUGGAUUAAGGCACCCUUUCUCCCCUCUGCCCAAAUUCCUCCUGGGUUCCAGUUUGUAUAUAGAUAGUGGGGAAUUUGCUAGGUGGUUUGUAGAUACAAUAUUAUGCCACUUGCCAAGUCAUACAGACAAUUCCAGUCCGUAGAAGCCUGUGUUUAGGGGCAAAAUGUAUACCAACAUAAUAACACUGGCACAACAUUUACCAUUGUAAGGGUCGCCAGUGUCUGCUGGCAGCUUUAGAGAUUCUGUUCUCCUUCCUUCCUUCCUUCCUUCCUUCCUUCCUUCCUUCCUUCCUUCCUUCCUUCCUCAUAUCGCCCUAUAUAUUGGAAGAGACUGUAUAGCUUCUGUCAACUGUAAUGCUGACUAUAAAAGAUGCCAGUUGGCCUUUUUUCUCUACCUGCCAUUCCUAAGGCCCCACCCCCACCAAACAAAACCCAUACAAACAGUUCUUCUGAUUCCCCCCUCUCCCAAAUUGGUUUCAGCUUGCUUAGUGUAACUUUUUAUCUGCCCUUAGGUUGCGUCUGGCUUCUUUUGAUAGCAGUGGGAAGCUUAUUUGUAGUAGAACAGCAGGAUAUCAGAUAUUAACCCUUGAAAAAGAUCAGGUAUGUGUUUUCAGCACCUUGGCUCAUUUCAGAUGCUACUGCAAGGAAACACUGGCUCUUCUUCCCUUGAAAAGUGUUUCCAGGGAGCAACAGCAGGAAGAAGAACAGAGAACAGGACAGAAUGAAUUCUCUGAAUUAUAAGGGGGAAAUAUUGUUUCCUUUGUUACAAAAAAUACAGUUUUACUUUUGCUUUUCAGGAACAGGUAGUGAUGAAUUUGGACAGCCGACUGCUGGUUUUCCCUCUGUAUAUUUGCUGCAACUUCCUGUAUACGUCCCCAGAGAAAAAGACAGAGACUGAUGGACAGCUGGAUAACCUAGAAAGCUGAGUCUUGUUCUCAUGACUUUUUUAUUUCAAGUGCCCUUGCUGCACAGAGAGAAAAGUAAUAAAAUGGCCUUACACACUGUAGCAGAAGAAAUGCAGCUUCCACCCCUUAUCUGUACAUUCCUAUGCAUAUCUGAAAGGUUUCCAACAUAAUUUUGGCAUUUUUCCUGUGGCUCUUAAAAGAGCCCAAGGGAAGGCUACACUUGAGAAUCAUUACCAGUUUCUUGCCAGUUUCAGACAAGAUAAAAAUGCAGCUAACUAAACUGGACAUGUUCCUUAAAUGUGAAUAGCACAUCCGUAAAAUCCAUGAUAAUUACAUGGGGGCUAACAUGUAGGGUAAUGCCUCUGGGUUUUGUUUUUCAGGCUGAACUUGCAAAUGUUAAGGGUCAGUUAUAGCCUUGAUAAAACUCCACUGCCUUCAGUGGUUGUGCACCAGGGUUCACCUUUACCCCUUUAUUUGUGCAAUUUUUUAAAAAAAGAAUUCAUUUAGCAUUUGGGACCUGUAAAUAUUUCCUAAUGAGGAAUAUAAUAUAUAUUUACAUGUAUAUCCAGUUUUGUUUUCAAGAUUAUAUUUUUUCAACAUUGGAUGUAUUUUUAAAAUUCAUUUUGUGGAUAACAUAGAAGUAGAGGUGAGUCCGGUACAUGGGUUUCAUUGAACUAAAGUCCAGGCACAGUUUCUCUGCAGACUGUCAUGCCAGCAUUGAGGGAAUGCUUUCUUGCAUGUUUAAACACAAGACCACCCCCCAGUGCUGAGGAUUGGACACAUCUCUGCUUGUGGGGUAGCAAAGUCCAGACCCAAGGGCUCCUGCCUUUAAGAACUGUAAAUGGUUUUGAACAGCUGCAUUGGGCAAGCCAGGGUUUCUUUGUUCUUUGAAGAGCCAUUUUUAUGAAAUUCUGAACCUUAUGCAGCUCUUAAAGGGCGCAGGAGGCUUCUUGGAAUCUGGCCUUCCAGCUCACUUGGGAAGGCUGGGGGGGUUGGAGCAGAACCUGGUGUGCCGUAGUUAAAAUGCAUAUGUAUUCAAAGUGCUUGGCUUAUGAAGAACUCUGCAUGGUGUACCUUCCACACACAGGUUUACACUAGCAUUCUGUUGGAGCUGUUGGGGUACCAUGUACAGAUUUUUUAAAAGUGAUUUUAGUUUCAUUACACAAAUAUUGGGAGUUUACAUCCUAGUUAUGCUCAGGAACUUGAGUGUGUUUGAACCCCCCCCCCCCUUUUUUUUAAGCUACAUUGCAGAAUCCAAAUUAGGAACUGAGGUCAACGCAUUCAUAUUUCGGUUGGUGUUUACUUUUUUGUUUACUUUUUUUUUAAAGUGAUCUAUUAAAGGUGAGAUGUAAGUGGAUUUAGUCUGUACGUAUUGGAGAGAAGGGGUUGCUGUGGAAUUUAUGCCUUUCAGUUUUUGUCUGUAGCCAAAUUUUUGUCAUAUACCCUUUGUAUGCUAUAAUAUAUUAGCAAACUGUGAAUAAACCAUUCACAAUUUAUAUUGCCUGGUACUGGUUUCUCUUUAGGGGUCUGCGUUGGGGGUCUGGGUCUGAGUCUGAAAAAUAAGCAGAAUGCCUUGUAAACAUGAUUUAACUGUGCUGCAUGAAGAAGCAUUUCCUUUUGGUGGUCCUCAGUCUUCCAACAUUCAGCUUCCACCCCACUAAGUGAGAGAAGAAGAUGAUAAAGGUCUUCCUAUCUGCUUUCACCACACUAUAUUUUUCGCUCCAUGAGACACACCUAGUUUUUAGAGGAGGAAAGGGGGAAAGCCCCGUUUUUUUGAGGAUCAACUCACAGUUGUUGAGCUUACUUUGCAAAGGGAAAAAAUCCUGUUUUUAUGGGGUUCAACUCAGUUCUGCAGCUUCUUUAGGAAAGGAAAGGGAGUCGUUUCUACAGUUUCCAGACAGAUAAUCUAAUCAGCCAGUUACAUGUCACUGGGGAAACAAACAGCCUCCAUCUGCAGAACAUUCAAAAAUAGAGGCCUGGGCAAGAGGCUGGGGCCGGAAAGGGAGCCAGCGAUCGACCACACAUUCGCUCCAUACGACGCACAGACAUUUCCCCUUACUUUUUAGGAGGAAAAAAGUGUGUCUUAUGGAGCGAAAAAUGUGGUAAUUAAAAAGCCCCAGCUAUUGCCUCCCUCUGGCCCUUCUCUGGCUGGCUGUCAGCCUCUCUAGUUUUUUGGACAGUUGCUGCUUUUGGGAGUUGCUUCAGAGCAAGAGCAAAACCUAGAUUACUGCCCCAGAGCUUUGGCAUGUUACCCAGAAAGGCUUUGGGUUGAACUUCCGCCCUUCCAGCAUUAGAAAGGUGGUCUGAGGAACAAAUUCCCAGGAUGGUGAAUCCAGAGACAGUCAAUGAGAUAAGGUCUCCUGGGUUCUGCAUCCCAAGAGUGCCAUGAUUAUGGAGCUCUCAGUGCUGCUGAAUGACCGCAUGUGGUGUGGUCUGUUCAGGAAUCUGCAUGCCUUAUUCUCAAGAGUGCAUUGCCACGGUGCUGAAGUUUAAGGCUGCCCAAUCCAAUGCUCUCUGCUUCGGAGUUGACUCGGGUACCACCAGGGAGCAGAAGUUCCUUGCAUAAGCAAAAGUGUGAAUGGUGGGGUUAUUUUGUGGGUGGGGUUUUUUCUGUGGGUGUUGCUGGGGUGCUGUGGGUGGGGGGAACAAUCCAGGUCCGGAUUCUUGGGGGUGCUGCAGGAGACUUUAACACUUCAACCCCUGCUAUUUCCCGCUCCAGAACAAAUUUGUGUGUUCUAGCACUAGAGAUGGGGGAAGAAAUAUGAUUCAGUUUGCAUUGAAAGGCAACACUACCAAUUCACACUUCCCAAAACAAUAUACAAACUGAAGAACAACUAUCCUCCAAUUUUUGCAUUGCAGUUUUCUGAGAAAGUGGUGUGUACAGUAAUGCAUCUACAGAGGUAAAGUUGUGCAUACUGUACCUAUGCAGAUAAUUGGGGUCCUAGUCGUUUGGGGCUUUUCUUUGAUUCUAUGAUUCUAAGACCCUUCUUCCCUGGGGGUUCCCUUGGGGGUUCCCCAGCUUCUCUGCAUCCAGCCAGUCCAUGACACCACUGCAUUACAGCUUCCAUCAGCUGCAAAACUCCUACAGGUCACCGGGCUGCGGGAAGACAGAAUUAAGAGGAAGAAAGAUGCCGCACAGCACACGAUGUUUGGAAGCUGUAAAGCAGGCAGAUCUUAGGUUUUUGCGUGGAAAACAAAAGAGGGCAGAUAGGGGGUCCCACCUUUAGGGAGCCCUUUGAAGCAUCAAAGGUAAAAGAUGGGGGAAAUCCUGUUAGGUCAUGUAGUUCAUCCCCCUCGGCUUCCGGCAGAACAGCCUGUGGUGCUGUCUCCUGGGCUUCACGCCUAAAAUAAUUUAGGUCCAGCCUUAAUACAAAAAUACGGAUCUCCUUUAUGCAAAGGACCAAUCUUCCAGCGGGGCCUUCCUCCUCCACACCGCUGCCAUGGGAGGCAUUUAACAAGCCGGCAAAUUAUAAACAGAAUAAAUUAAGUUCUCCUGAGAUCAUAGGGGGAAAAGGCAGGAUGGGGAAUGAAGGGAGAUUGCAUAUUGCAUCAGUUGCACGAAGGUUUCAAGGGAUGAGUGAGUGGCAGGUUCUGUGGGGACUUGAACCAAAUCCUAGAUCAUGGGUAGGUGAACUAAGCCCCGGGGGCAGGAUCUGGCCCAAUCACCUUCUAAAUCCAACCCAUGGAGUCCAGGAAUCAGCGUGUUUUUACAUGAGUAGAAUGUAUCCUUUUAUUUAAAAUGCAUCUCUGGGUUAUUUGUGGGGCAUAGGAAUUCGUUCAACCCUUCCCCCCAAAAAAAUAUAGUCUGGCCCCCCACAAAGUCUGAGGGACAGUGGACCGGCCCCCUGCUGAAAAGGUUUGCUGACCCCUGUCCUAGAUCAAAUAGGAAAUUCUGCCUUAAAAGCCUGGAUGUUAGAUUAGAAAUAUCCCAGGGGCAAAAGAGAAGAUCACAUGUACACUUUGGAGAAGGCAUGCCUUUAAAAAAGAAGACGAAAAAGGGAAAGUAGCAGAUAUUUUCCCUCCAAACAAAGGUAACUAAUUUUGGGGGGGCAAGUGUGCCGAAGGUCAGGUCCAAAAGAUGGGAGGCUCCAGGCAGGAUUUUCUGCCAUAGCAAAGUCGAAGGAGAGGCAGUGUGGUGCAGUGGCUAGAGUGUUGGACUGUGACCUGGGAGACCAGGGUUCAAAUCCCCCCUCGGCCAUUAAGGGUGACGUCGGGUGUGUGUGUCAAUCAGUGCCUGCCAGAGUAACCUACCUCAGUGUUGCUGUGGGGAUUAAACGAGGAGGGAGAGAACCAUCUGUGCCACCUUGGGCUCCUCGGAGAAAAAGGCGGGAUAGAAAUGCAAUCAAGUAAGUCGCCUUGGAGCAUUUUCCGUGCUUCUCCUUCUGGCCUCCCUCCCAGGGCUGUUGGGAGUUGUGUUGGGAGGAAGCGCCAUGGAAUGAACAAGGGAGGGAAGAAAGGCUCUGGGCAGUUUCCAUGCCAACCAGGGAUGCCAGGGAUGCCGGGGGAGCUUCUCCAGGUCGGGCUUGGUGCGGCUGGAGCUGCUGAGGCUGCGCAGGGCCUUCUCCUCCCUCUCCUUCCUCCUCCCUCCCGCAUCAGCCUCUGACCACCUGCACACCUGGGAGGGAAAACAGCACCGGGGGGGGGGCUUUUGCCUCUUCUCGCGACCCGUAGCUCAGAAGCCGCACCGCCGUGCCUUUUGGGAAAUGCAGUCCUCCCUGUCAUUCAUUUCCGUUCUCUGGGGGGAAGAAUAGAGGGCAGGUACUACGACUCCCAGAAGGCAGUGGGCGAGCCGGCUCCAACCCCUCUUUCCUCUCUCCCCAUUGGCCGGCUCUUCCGACUCUGUAUCUGGGCGAAGCCCGGGUCCUGUCAGCCAAUGGGAGGCGAGAGUCGGGCGCGGGGGGCGUGACAGGGCGGGGGGCCGUUGGCCGUUGCUUCAAGAUCUCGGCUGUUGCCCCCGAGCCCGGGACCCGCCAAACAGAGCCAGAGCCUCCCCGCCGCUCCUGGGGACGAAGACCGGGCUGGUGGGGGGGAGACGGGUAUGGCGUGGCCCUGGAGGGGUCCUCUGUAGCCUCUCCCUUUCACCCCGGGACCCCCGAGCCCGGGACCCGCCAAACAGAGCCAGAGCCUCCCCGCCGCUCCUGGGGACGAAGACCGGGCUGGCGGGGGGGAGACGGGUAUGGCGUGGCCCUGGAGGGGUCCUCUGUAGCCUCUCCCUUUCACCCCGGGACCCCCGAGCCCGGGACCCGCCAAACAGAGCCAGAGCCUCCCCGCCGCUCCCUCCUCGCGUCCUGGGGACGAAGACCGGGCUGGGGGGGGGGGGGGAGACGUGUAUUGCGGGGCCCUGGAGGGGUCCUCUGCAUGAUCUUGUGUGUCUCCAUAGCCUCUCCCUUUCACCCCGGGACCCCCGAGCCCGGGACCCGCCAAACAGAGCCAGAGCCUCCCCGCCGCUCCUGGGGACGAAGACCGGGCUGGUGGGGGGGAGACGGGUAUGGCGUGGCCCUGGAGGGGUCCUCUGUAGCCUCUCCCUUUCACCCCGGGACCCCCGAGCCCGGGACCCGCCAAACAGAGCCAGAGCCUCCCCGCCGCUCCUUGGGACGAAGACCGGGCUGGUGGGGGGGAGACGUGUAUUGCGUGGCCCUUGAGGGGUCCUCUGCAUGAUCUUGUGUGUCUCCAUAGUCUCUCACCCCGGGACCCCCGAGCCCGAGACCCGCCAAACAGAGCCAGAGCCUCCUCGCCUCCUCUCGGCCCCAGAAUGAGGCGUCCCCCUCGCCACAGGACAGACUGACGGUCCCUGCCCCCAAUGGUCCUCCUUCUCUAUGGAGCUGGAAAGGGAGGCUCCGACCUCCAGGCUCCCACAGGCAAAGUUAGGAGGUUCUGGGAGGCCUCGCACUGCAGUUCUACAAAAGAAGGCCCCCCUGCACUAGUUAGCUUGGCUGGUUAGAGCUGGUGCUGAUAAUGCCAAGGUUGCAGGUUUGAUCUUCCUAACGGCCACCUGCAUUUCAGGGGGUUGGACUAGAGGACCCUUAGGAUCCCUUCUAAUUCUGCAGGUCUAUGAUUCUAACAUCUCUAAGGGGGGGGGGCACACAUCUUGCAUCUCCAGCUAAAAAGCUAGAUGAGCAGCUUACGAUUAACUCCAUGUGGUCAUAUUCCGGGUGCACGUAACUGUUGCUGCACCUCCUCCCCCCAACGGGUCUUUAGCAGUGACUGCUGACCUGCAUUUACUCCUGACCCUGUGCCUUGGAUUUCAACCUCUUUAUUUGGCUAAGUACUGGUGCAGUGUUUGAUCAGCUUGCAGUCUCUUUGUAUUGUGCUAAUUGUUGCCACCCACCCACUCCUUGGGUCCUGGCUGGGCCCUUCAAAUCCAGAGAGAAGCUGGGGUUAUGCCAAAGCAGCCAGCCCACAUUGAUAGGUAGUAAAUUACAUACGAUAGGAUGUUCCAGCCCCAAAUGACAGAAGUGUGGAAACUUGCUCUGAGUUUAGGAACAAGGCAGCAAAAACUAUGCUUGUCCUCCUCUCUGGUCUUUGGUUCUGUGUCGUGAUUGAUCCUGUUCUAGCCACUGAAACAUGGCUUGGAAUAAGACUUGUUGACUUCAUGAUUGUCUAAGAAAUUGUAGGGAGGAGCAUAGGCUAAUUGCUCAUGGAAUUAUAAAGCUUUAUCAAGUACCUCCAAAGCCAUUAAAAAUCUGUUUGGUAUACAAAAUAAUUGAGCUUCUUCUUAUAAGAGUGUUGAGAAUAGUCAGGCAGCUGAUGUGAUAAUGGGGGUCUAUAAAAAGAUUAUUAAUCUUUGGUCUGUGGUGUAACCCUGCAGGACUCUUCAAGCAAGCGUUCGGCCCCUGUCUCCGGAUGGGAAGAGUAAGUCCAAGGUGCAGGUUUCUUUUUUUUUUUUUAAUGAUAUUUAUUAAAGUUUCAAAAAAUACAAGAAAUACAGAAUACAGAAAAAAGAAUAAAGUUUUUAAAAUAUAACAAAAAAGUAAAAAAUAAAAAGAAACAUACAAAAUAAAACAGUUAAAAAGACAUUAAUUUUCCAUAACCUAUCUUCCCUACACUUAUUUCCCCGGACCUCCUCGUACCUCCCUUUUUUGUAUUCCAGUUCAGUUUGUUAGUUCAGCAAAUCCUUACCAUUAAGCUUUUACCCAGUUGUAAACCUUUUUUCAUAUCUCUUAAAGCAUUACAGCUAAAAACCUCUUAGUUUCUAUCCAACAUCCUUCUAAGAUUCCUUAAUUUUACAAUAUUUCUGUAAAUAGUCUUUAAAUUUCUUCCAGUCUUCUUUCACCGACUCUUCUCCCUGGUCUCGGAUUCUGCCAGUCAUUUCCGCCAAUUCCAUGUAGUCAAUCACCUUCAUCUGCCAUUCUUCCAGAGUGGGUAGAUCUUGUGUCUUCCAAUACUUUGCGAUGAGUAUUCUUGCUGCUGUUGUAGCAUACAUAAAAAAGGUUCUGUCCUUCUUUGGCACCAAUUGGCCGACAAUGCCCAGAAGAAAGGCCUCUGGUUUCUUCAGAAAGGUAUAUUUAAAUACCUUUUUUAUUUCAUUAUAAAUCAUCUCCCAGAAAGCCUUAAUCCUUGGGCACGUCCACCAAAGGUGAAAGAAUGUACCUUCAGUUUCUUUACAUUUCCAACAUUUAUUAUCGGGCAAAUGAUAGAUUUUUGCAAGCUUGACUGGGGUCAUGUACCACCUGUAUAUCAUUUUCAUAAUAUUCUCUCUUAAGGCAUUACAUGCCGUAAACUUCAUACCUGUGGUCCAUAACUGUUCCCAGUCAGCAAACAUAAUAUUAUGUCCAACAUCUUGUGCCCAUUUAAUCAUAGCAGAUUUCACCGUUUCAUCCUGAGUAUUCCAUUUCAACAGCAAGUUAUACAUUCUUGACAAAUUCUUAGUUUUGGGUUCUAACAAUUCUGUUUCUAAUUUUGAUUUUUCCACCUGGAAGCCAAUUUUCUUAUCCAAAUUAUAUGCCUCCAUUAUCUGAUAAUAAUGAAGCCAAUCUCUCACUUUGUUUUUAAUUUCUCGAAACUCUGCAAUUUCAAUUUGUCUCCAUCUUGUUCCAAAAUUUCCCAAUAUUUCGGCCAUUUGGCCUCCAUAUUGAGCCUUUUCAGAGCUUUCGCUUCCAUCGGUGACAACCACCUUGGGGUUUUAUUUUCCAAUAAAUCCUUGUAUCUUAUCCAAACAUUGAACAGUGCUUUCCUAACAAUAUGAUUUUUAAAUGCUUUAUGUGCUUUGACCUUAUCAUACCAUAAAUAUGCAUGCCAUCCAAAUACGUUGUUAAAACCUUCUAAAUCCAAAAUGUCUGUAUUUUCAAGAAGUAGCCAUUCUUUCAACCAGCAAAAAGCUGCUGAUUCAUAAUAAAGUUUAAAGUCUGGCAGGGCAAAUCCACCUCUUUCCUUUGCAUCAGUUAAUAUCUUAAAUUUUAUUCUGGGCUUCUUGCCCUGCCAGACAAAUCUAGAAAUAUCUCUCUGCCACUUCUUGAAACAGUCCAUCUUGUCCACAAUUUGCAAUGUCUGAAACAAAAACAACAUUCUAGGCAAUACAUUCAUUUUUAUCACAGCAAUACGGCCCAGCAGUGAAAGCUUCAAAUUUGACCAGAUUUCUAAAUCUCUUUUCACUUCCGUCCAACAUUUUUCAUAAUUAUCUUUAAAUAAGUUCCCAUUUUUGGCUGUCAUAUUAAUCCCCAAGUAUUUCACUUUCUUUACCACAGUCAAUCCUGUCUCAUUCUGAAACCUAUCUCUUUCAAUCGGUGUUAAAUUUUCUCUAAAACCUUAGUUUUUAGCUUGUUCAAUUUAAAACCUGCCACUUGACCAAAUUCUUGAAUUAAUUCUAAAACUCUUUUAGUGCUAGAUUCUGGCUCCUGUAACGUCAAUACUAAGUCAUCUGCAAAUGCUCUCAAUUUGUACUGUUUAGUUCCGACCUGUAUACCUUUAACCAACCGGUCCUUUCUAAUCAUGUUUAGCAGGACCUCCAGGACCGAUAUAAAAAGUAGUGGGGAAAUUGGGCACCCCUGUCGUGUCCCUUUUUCUAUCUUAAAUUCUUCUGUGACCACAUUAUUUACAAUUAAUUUGGCCUUUUGUUCAGAAUAUAUUGCACCUAUACCAUUUUCAAAACCUUGGCCUACCCCCAUCCCAUGUAAGUUCUUCUUCAUAAAACUCCAAGAGAUAUUGUCAAAAGCUUUCUCCGCGUCCACAAAUAUCAAAACUGCUUUAGUGUUUAUAUUCACUUCUAAUUUUUCCAAGAUAUCAAUUAUAUUCCUCAGAUUAUCAGACAAGUGUCUCCCUGGGAGAAAGCCCGCUUGGUCUUUAUGGAUCUCAUCCAUCAAUACUUUUUUUCAGUCUCUUGGCCAAAAUAUCUGCAAAAAUUUUGUAAUCCACAUUAAGUAACGAUAUAGGGCGGUAGUUCUUAAGCUGGGUCUUUUCAGUCUCUGUUUUCGGUAUAAGUGUAAUAUACGCCUCUUUCCACGACUCUGGCGCCCUUUUCCCUUCCAAUAUUUCAUUGCAGACUUCCUUCAAAGGUUGCAAUAACCACUCUUUCAGAGAUCUGUAGUAUCUGGAAGUCAGCCCAUCCGGUCCUGGAGAUUUGCCCAGUUGCAUAUUUUGUAUGGCACCUUCUACUUCCUGUUCAGAUAUUUUAUAGUUCAACAUUAAUUUACUUUCUUGAGAGAUUUUUGUAGGCCAUUUGUCUUCAAAAAUUGGUCUAUGUCCAUUUCCUUCUGUGGCCCUUGUGUGUAUAAUUGUUUAAAGUACCUCUGGAAGCAAUUUCUGAUCUCAGUUGGGUUAUGUAUACUCUUUCCUUCCACUUCUAAGUUUAUAAUGGUAUUUAAUUUUUGUCUUUUUUUCAUUUGCCAGGCCAACAAUUUCCCACAUUUGUUAGCUGAUUCAAAUGUUUUUGUCUGAAUUGUUUGAUUUUCCAUUCUAUUUCCUGAUUCAUCAUUUCCAUAUAUUGUACUUGAUAUAAUUUUAUUUCUCUCAAAAUCUCCUGGGACUUUGGUUUUGCUCUCAAUUUCUUCUCACCCUCUUUUAUUUUCUCCAAGAUUUUGUCUUUCUUUUCAUUUUGACUUCUCUUCUUUAUUGCAUUCUGUUGUAUCAAAAACCCUCUCAUAACAGCUUUGCUUGCGUCCCAGAUUACUCUUUUUCUACAUUGGUGUUCAUGUUUAUUUCAAAAUAAUCUCUCAAAGUUUUUGGGCCUUUUAUAGACUUCUUCAUCUCUAAAUAAGGUGUCAUUCAUCCUCCAUCUAAAGGAUCCGGUUGUUAUUUGUUUCAUCUCCAUCCUUACAGCGUUGUGGUCGGAGCAGGUUUUUGGGCAGAUUUCUACUUUCUUUAUCUUUGGUGCCAUUCCUCUAGUUAUCCAUAUUUGGUCAAUUCUAGUCCAUGUCAUCUUGGCUUCAGAAAAGAAGGUUCCUCUCUUCCCAGGGGGUUAUUUACCCUCCAGAUGUCCACUAAGUCCAUGUUGUCUGUCAUCUCAAAGAAUGUUUUCGGUAAUCUACCAUCCUUGGUAACUACCUGUCUUUGUGCCUUGUCCAUGUUUGUAGAUACUACUCCAUUCAUGUCCUCCAUCAAGAUCAAAUUGUAAUCCAAAUAAUCCAGUAAAGUCUCAUGCAACUUUUUAUAGAAUUCAGAUUUCCCCUCAUUCGGUGCAUAGAUUCCCACAAUCAAAAAUUUCUCUCCUUGUACUUGAAUUUCAAUUGCCAGAAGUCUUCCUUGUUCGUUUUUAAAAAUAAAUUUCGGUAAGGUCUCUCCUUUACAUAAGUCACAACUCCUCUUUUUUUGACUUUGUCAGAUGAAACAAACUCCUGUCCUAAUCUUUUAUUAAUCAAUAGCUUCCUAUGUACCCUUGUUAUAUGUGUUUCUUGUAAACAAAUCAAGUCCAAUUGUUCUUUUUUUAAUAGAUGGAACACACUUUUUCUCUUUCGAGGAGAGUUCAAACCGUUACAAUUCCAGCUUAAUAGUUGCAGAGCCAUGAUGGGGCUACUUCACUUUACCUCCAACUGCUCCGAGUGUCAGUUCUUGUUCUGUGGGUAGUAUCACUUUUUCUGGACCGUGCAGUCCAAAAGAUAGAUUUGAUAUGUCUAAUAUACCUUUUGGCUCUUCUUCAGAUUCCACUUCUUUCAGUAGAUCUUCCUCGUGGUCUUUCAAGAACCUGUCUUUUUCCUCAACUGAUUUUAUUUUUAUCUUUCUUCCUUUGUAUUUAAAGGACAGGCCUUGAGGAAAUUCCCACCUGAAAAGAAUUCUAUUUCUUUUCAACAAGGUCACUAGAUCUCCGUAUUUAGACCUUAAGUCCAACAGAUGCUUUGGGAUGUCCUUAAAAAUCACCACACUUGAAUCGUCAAUUUCCAAGGUUUUUUGAUAGUGCAGAUUCAGAAUUUUAUCCCUCUCUUCUUUUGUUCGAAAGGUAAUCAAACAGUCUCUCACCUUGUCCUUGCCUUGUCUUCUUCCGAGUCUAAAUGCAUUCACUAUCUUGAAUUCUUCCUUCCCCAAGUCCAGUUGCCAAAAAUCUAUAAAUUCCUGUGUAAGAAAGUCAGCCAAGUUAUCUUUCUCCCGUUCUGGAACAGCCCUGAUUCUUAAAUUUCUUUGUCUAUCUUUCAGUUCAAUCAUAGAAAAUGUCACAUCAUGGUCCUCCAAUUUCUUAUAUACUGGUGGAAUUUUCUCUUGAGUAGCAGUUGCAAUAUCUUUUGCUUCCUCUGCUAUCUUUCGAGUCGAGGCAGAUUCCUGUAGUAGUUUUUCGAUGGUCUCUGUGUUGGCAUUCACCUUCUGCCCCAAGGUAUUAAUACUUGCAGUGUUUAAAUCAAUUUUGCUUGAUGCUUCCGCAACUUGUCUAUUUGUCUCAGCUACUUGUCUGUUUGUCUCAGCUACCUGUUUAUUUAAACUUUCCAAAGAUUCAUUAAUUUUUGCCAGUGCCUGUGCCAAAACUUCUUCCGACGACAUAACUUUUGGUUUAACCUGUGGGAGUGCGGCCCCUGAUGUUCCAGAUGCUCCAGAUGUUGAACCCCUUCGCGGCUGCGCAGUGUCUAUCCGAUAAUGUCUGCCAGACCUAGUAGUUUUUUCCUGCGGCUCUGUCUUCUGCGGCUCUAUCUUCCCUUUGCCAUCUGCCAUAACAGUCUCAUAGAAAUUCAAGGUCGCUCCCACAGUCAAACAAUUGUUUUGAAAUAGAGUGGAAUUUUCCUCUAAGCCAGUUGUUAUUGUAGCAAUGUCCGGCUUCCUCUAGGGGGACACAGUAACAGCCAGAACUUGCAACUUUUUGAAGCAAAAAUAGUUUUUAUAAGUCCCCCAAAUUCACUUUAGAAAGAACAGUCUCAAUGCACUUAAACAGUUACUUUCAAAACAGGAGCAGUCCAGAAACACUGUAUCCCUUUUGCAGGAUUAGCUGUCAGAAAUAAACUUUCCACUAUGCAACCCUUAUCUCAAGGCAGUCCGUUCCAGAUCUUAAACAGUAAAUUUUAUCUUCCUUUCCCCUUCUUUUUUUGCAGGAAAAUUCAGCUCAGUCUUUUUUCCCCCUCCUCUCCUGCAAUCCGGAGGGGGAACCACUUUCAAGAUGUUAGGAUUUAGCUCUUUUUUCGGGUAACUUUCUGUGUUUCCGCUUUAGAGUCUCUUUGCUUUGAUCUAUUUACAAUACAAGGAAGGCAGACUUCCUGGUUGUACCUUCCCCGCUCAGUACCAAAUUAAACGCUUUUCUUUUAGAUCUAAUUUAAUCCUACUCACGGGUAGUUGUUUUCAAAGUCCGAUUAUCCCAGGAAAAAGGCAGCGCUCUCCGGUAACAGCUUCGCGGCUUCGCUCCACGGAAGAAGCAAUUUGCUCACAGCACCACGCCACCCCCGCUCUGCUCCAGAGCCCGUUGCCGAGCUCCUUUAACAGUUGGGGGGCGCAAAUGGUGCCCGCUGAGUCCCACGGCCACAGGCUUCACCCACCUGUGAUUUUUUUUAAGGGGUCCCUGCUGCGCCGUAGCGGUAAGACCCAGGUUCCGUAGAGCCGGUUCCCUCCGAGUUAGAGAGAAGCAGCCAUUACCGAUGGCACCACCCCGGAAGUCCCCAAGGUGCAGGUUUCUUGGUGUUGGGCAGGGUUAUCCUUGGGCCUUUUCAAGUCUGGGCUGGUUUGUUUUUCUUCAUUAAGAGUUUCUUUCUGGGCUGCUUAAGCUUUUUUUCCUUUGGUGUUGCUUUCAUUUCCUCUUUUUGGGGGGAAGCUUCAGUUUGGGAAGUGCUUUGUAAGAACAACUUGGAUGUUUUUCUGAUCUUGUCUGCUCAAUCUCUAGGAAUUUCCAAAGAGAGGAAUUUUUGAGCAAGACACCUGCUGAAAGAUCAAAAUGGGGAAGUGAAGGCAAAGGUGCCUGCAGCUGCUGCUCCUGCCCCAAUGGAUGCCUGGAAAAGUACAGGACAAGUGCCUGGGCAGCAGGUCACUACAAAGAAAAGAAGUUUAUUAGCUUUUGAAGACUUCUUUGAAAGGAGUAGCUGAACCCAGAAGGGCAUGUUUUCUUGGUAAUGUCUAGCCACAACUCCCAGCUCUUCAAGAGGCAUCACAUAGAAGGGGUACAACCCCUUUGCUCAUUCUUUGUGAUCUGUGCCACAGGCCUCUGUUGGCAAGAAAUGGCAAGCUCUCAGAGGGGAAAAGUAUUGUAUUGUUAGCCUUCGCCAAUUCAAAGUGGCACCUAAGGGGAUGGAGACAUCCAUGUGUUCGAAGACUCAAAAGGUGAAAGGGAUCGGUUUUAAAAUCACUGAAGAAUGCCUUGUAUUUGACGACUUGCCUAGUAGCCCCAGGCAACCAGGAAUUUCAUGCAGGUGACUGAGCAGCCAGCUCACUUGAUUUCCUGGCUAGCUGUAAAGGAAGAGUAGUCUUGUCUCAUCCGCAGUCAUCACAGAAACACAGUGGACUAUCAGAGUGUCUCUCCUCCACCAUCCUUCAUGGAAGAAGCCACUUUUUUGCUGCGUUUCCAUGCUGACUUUGGAGGAGGGGGCAAAACAAAUAUUGCAGGCUAGUAACUUUUUGACAUUUGUAAGGCUGGCUGAAGAAGUACCCUUCUUCCCGGCCAAGUCUCCCCUUUGUGUACAAAAUGGAUGCAGCAGGUGGAAGGAGCACUGUUGCUGCAUCCUUGUGGAGCUCCUCUUGUCCUGGCAGGAGUACAGCUAUGGGGCUGGGGCCCUGUGCUGUAGGAUCACCCUAUACGAGUUAUUAGAGGGUUGAGUUGUUAUGUCACCAGAGAAAUGGAUGGUUGUUUUCAACCCUUGCACAAAGCAGGCACAAAUGCCUAGACAAGGGCUGGGAUCUAAGAAAUACCCAUGCUUAGAUGUGUGUCUAUAAUGUGUGUGUCUGUUGAAAAAGGUUUAAAUUUAUAUAGAUAUAUAAAAAUUUUAUUAAAUUUUCAAUAACAAAAAUAAAAACAAACACAACAACAACCACAAACAAUACUUGAAGCCUUUCCGUCUCACUAGCUUCCUGAUCUGGUUAAGCCUUGGUCCAGAAGUCAGCUUGACACCUGCUUGCUCACAUCUAGGUUCAAUGUUGAGAGACGUACUUCAACAGGAAGCUGGUACAGCUCUUUCCUGCUCACAGGUCUUUGAGGAGUCAAUCCAGCCAUGGCUACGGGAGAGAAAUAAUAAUCAUCGUAUGGAAGAACCACCAUUAAUCCAGGUUUGCAAAUUCAUAAAGCUUGGGCUACUAGUUUGA